AUGGUUGUAGGUGAAGAAGUUAUUCCCGAGAACAUCACCACCUUACUCAGCAAGGGACCCAAGUACGGGAUCGAGCCGAGUAUUCCAGCACAUGAACUUGUGGCACUGAAUCGGAGAGUGGCCAGCAAGGCAGACAAAGAAGACCAGGAACGUUGCCUGCUUGAAGGUGUGGACUGCCUUUUGAAUUGUGCCCCAAGGACAAAGAGAUUAGAUCUGACUAAGUUAGCGAAGGACGUGUCGAAAUGUAAAAUCGAUGCGUUAAGCGUGUUCUUUUCCGCAAAAACACAUAAGUCGAGUGUGCCGUUUCUGGCUAUUGUUAGUGAAAAGGGCACGUGGCAGCUACUUACAAGUCAGUUUCUAUUGAAACAUUUGAAAUGCUUGCAGGUUACAGACCCUUUCCUCACAAAGAGAUCAGAUGAGGUGGCUGAU